AUGUUCCACGGACAGAAGCUUUAUGACCGUGUUUUGGUUGUGAAGAUGGACAGAUAUGAAAAGAGUGAGCCACCACGCGAGGGUGCCCUCCCCCGCGGACUCGAGGCUAUUGGAGCUGGAUUGGGAGCAAAUGGAGCACCGCUCACAGACGUCGCUUCCGUAGUCGCAUCUCUCCGUGGGGACACAGUAGUGCCUACGCCUAUUGCUCCCGUUCCGGCGCAGGCCAGCCAGUUCUCGUCAUUUGGAAUGGGCUCCGGUGUGCUCUCUGGCAAUGCUGCUUUCCAGUCAACUCCUUACUCCGUUACGCCGCAUAUUGCUAAUGGUCAGAAUUUUAGAGAGUUAGGCGCUGGAGUCGGGUCGUUUUCAACAUCACUCGGUGCAUUCGACGCAAGAAGAGACGAUUCCUUCAUUGGUGCCGACUCGCGAAGAGGUGAGCUAUCGAAACUAACAGAUGAUUCUCAGUUUGGAAUGAACUACAACGUCAGCCGCGUUGUUGUUAUCAGAAAUCUACCACCCGACUACACAUGGCAGAUCGUGCGCGAUCGAGUGCAGCAAUUCGGAGAUGCGGAGUCUGUUGAGAUGAUUGCACCUGGAGUUGCUCGUGUUCGCUUUGCUCUCAUCCAGGAUGCUGAGCGUAUGCGCGGAGCUUUGACUGGAACCAGCGUGGAAGGUCGCACAAUUUCCGUGGAAUACAUGCACUAA